AUGGUCUCAACGCGCCAACAAAAGCGCUCUUUUCCCUCCCCACCGCGCACGCGCUCCCCGUCCCCUCGCACACCCACCACAGCCGACAAAUUCGUCCACACUCCCUCAACCGCCAUAACCCUCUGGCUCAUAUUCUCCAUUCCGCUCGUUCUCUGGGACUCCGGGUACGUGCUCCUCCGCCCGCACAGCAUGCCCGGCAACAGUCUGCAUUCCCCGUUGUGGACACCCUACGCGCUAUACGGGACUAUCGACUACAUCUACGGCUGGCCGGCGUUUAACGCGCGGAAUGGGUUUACGGCUGCGCAAACUGUGGUAAAUUUGUUUGAGUCUGCCGGGUAUUGCUAUUAUUUGUGGGUUGUUUGGAGGUAUGGAGUUUCGGUUUCGGCGGGGAGUGAGAGGGAUAAGGGGGUUUUAUCGUGUUUGACGGAUGAGAGGGUUGUUGCGGGGAGGGUUGGGGCUACUGCGCUGCUGAUUGCGUAUAGUGCGUCUGUUAUGACGUUGGGAAAGACGGUUUUGUAUUGGUUGAACGAGGCAUUCUCCGGCUUUGAGAACAUUGGUCACAAUGACCUUUUUACUUUGGUCUUUUUGUGGAUUAUUCCUAACGGUCUGUGGAUUAUCUUUCCGAGUUACAAUAUCUAUGUUAUGGGAUCGGAGAUUGCGGCUACAUUGGAGAAUGCGUCUAUUAAGGGUAAACGGUCGAAAUCUUCAUAG